AUGGAAACGGUGCCUGACAACCAUGAGCAUGAAGAGUUGCUGAGGCGCACGCGUUCAGAUAGACCGCCAAUCAUAAAAUCUUUGUCGGUCACCGGGGGAAGGAGGCGACCAGCCUUCAAUGGAUCACAGCGGCCGCACUCGCCCCCUGGCUUGACUCGUGCCAUCACAUAUCGAUUUGAUGACUACUCCGAGGAUGAAGGUGAUAGUAGCUCAGACGAGGCUGUUGUUGACCAUGGAGAGCAUGUUGAUGCUGCUGAGCGUCCGCGCGAGCACCAUACGAAGAAGCAGAAGACCAGGAGACCUUCGAGCUCCGAUCCUUACAGUCGUUUCUCUGUUGGAAAUGAUAAUUUCAAAACGAAAGGAAGAGUCUCGAGACGCGAUGGAAGACUCAAAAUCUCUAUCAAAGAGCACGCCACCACAGGAUAUCUCGCAAAAACGCUCAAUGCAGGCAUCAAACGAACAUUGCGACAGUCACAGGCUCAUAAGCCUUCUCUCGCUGCUGUCGCUGAGAAAGCUGCCGGCAGUGCGAUCAUACCAGGCUUUCACAUGGACGAUCGGCCUAUACCAAAUUUGAAUAUUGUAAUCAUGGUGAUUGGCUCUCGUGGUGAUAUACAGCCUUUCAUUAAGAUCGGAAAGAUUCUGAAAGAAGAGCAUGGACAUCGUGUACGUAUAGCUACGCAUCCAACGUUCAAGAAAUUUGUGGAAAAGGAUUCGGGCCUCGAGUUCUUUAACGUUGGCGGUGAUCCGAGCGAGCUCAUGGCCUUCAUGGUCAAAAAUCCUGGCUUGAUUCCUUCCGUUGAGACUGUCCGGCAAGGUGAAAUUGGUCGGCGGCGAGCUGCCAUGUCCGAAAUGUUUGACGGCUUUUGGAGAGCAUGUAUUAAUGCUACAGAUGAUGAGACUGAUAUGGCUAAUCUCAAAAUGAUGGGCAACAAACGCGCAUUCGUAGCCGACGCAAUAAUCGCGAACCCUCCAUCGUUCGCACAUGUACAUAUUGCGGAGCGUCUUGGAAUUCCGCUGCAUAUGAUGUUCACCUUUCCAUACACCCCCACUACUCAGUUCCCGCACCCUCUAGCCAACAUCAAAAGUAGUAAUGUCGACCCAAGCUAUGGAAAUUUCAUCAGUUAUCCACUUGUCGAUAUGAUGACGUGGCAGGGUCUUGGUGAUCUGGUCAACAAGUUUAGAAAACAUACUCUUGGGAUGGAACCAGUAUCAACCCUAUGGGCACCUGGUCAAUUGUAUAGGCUGAAAGUACCAUACACAUACAUGUGGUCACCAGGUCUUGUGCCAAAACCUUCGGAUUGGGGUCCGGAGAUUGAUAUCGCAGGCUUCGUCUUCUUGGAGCUCGCGUCCUCAUUUAAACCUUCAAAAGAGCUUUCAGACUUUAUGAAGGCUGGACCUCCACCUGUCUACAUUGGAUUUGGUAGCAUUGUUGUUGAUGAUCCUGAAGCAUUCACAAAGAUGAUUCUCGAUGCUGUAAAGAUUGCCGGAGUCAGAGCACUUGUUAGUAAAGGAUGGGGAGGUUUAGGUGGUAACGAUACGGCCCCUGAUAACGUCUUCUUCCUUGGUAACACUCCUCAUGAUUGGCUCUUCCCACAAGUUCAAGCUGUCAUUCAUCACGGUGGAGCCGGCACAACAGCGAUGGGUCUAAAAUGCGGUAGGCCGACCAUGAUUGUGCCUUUCUUCGGCGAUCAACCCUUCUGGGGAGCCAUGGUAGCUGAGAAGAAAGCUGGUGCACACGAGUGUAUCCCAUUUAAAAGCCUUACUACCGAGCUGUUUGCCAAAGGUAUCAAGGAAUGUCUAACAGACGAAGCCAAAGAGAAUGCACAAGUGAUCGCACACAGCAUUGAAGCAGAAGGUGACGGCGCAGCGAACGCCGUGAAAGCUUUCCAUCACAACUUACCAAUGCAAGGCAGUCACUCUAUGCGCUGUUCACUGUUAGAGGAGCGCGUUGCUGUAUGGCAUAUGAAAGGCACCAAACUUCGAUUAUCGUCGCUCGCUGCUGAUGUUUUGGUCGAUCGCAAGAAACUCAAGUGGAGCCAACUCCGAUUGAUCCGCCACAAAGAUUGGAACGACUUUGGUGGACCUGGCGAGCCUCUGACGGGAGGUGGUACUGCGCUCGUUCGAACGACAGCAAGUGCAGCAAAAGGUGUCAUAGAGGUGCCUGUCAAUAUGGUUCGCAGCAUUAAAAGGCGCGAGAAACAUGCCGAGAAGAAGAAGAAACUCCGUCAACGGCAAGAAAAGGAACUAGAGAAAGUCAGUUCGGAUGGCCUUGCCGACGCGAAGAUAGUUUCCAGCCAUCCCGAAACCGAUGCUCACCAGCCUUCCGCAGACCAGCUUACACGACAAGACACUGAUCCUAUGCUCGACCGCGCUCGCAGGCCUAAGGUUGAACGCAACGAUACAAAUCUCAGCAAGAUCUCCGCCGAUCCCUCUGAGAAUUUCGUCGAAGAAAAUGUCCAUCACACCCUGCAUUCCGCAGGGAAAGUCGGCUCCGCGAUUCUCAAGGCGCCCAUGGAGCUUUCACUUGCAGUUGCGCAAGGCUUCCACAACGCACCGCGUCUGUAUGGAGACGAGACAGUGCGUCGCCCUAUUCGUGUAUCUGGCUUCUAUUCAGGCUUGCGCGCUGGAAGAGACGAAUUUGUGUACGGCAUAUACGACGCAUUCACCGGCUUGUAUACGCAUCCCAGGGAUGGGGUCAAGAGGGAGGGUGCGCUGGGCCUGGUAAAAGGUGUCGGCACAGGCGUAGGCGGACUAGUUCUCAAGCACCUCGCAGCCGUCAUCGGGCCGGGCGCAUAUGCAGCGAAGGGCGUGCAUAUGGAAUUCCGUAAGAGACACCAACCGACAGGCUUCAUCCGGCGCGCACGGAUUCUCCAGGGGCGAGAUGACAUUGAUGGGAUCGACAAGGGCGACGAAGACGAUGUCGUGGAUACCGUGCUACGCGGUUGGAGCAUCGUAUCGGACGUAAUUGAACUGCAGAACAAGCAGCAUGAGCGCGAGGAGAAGAAGCACCAUGGCACUGUGAGCAGCUUGUUUGAUAAGAGCCAUCUCAAUGUCAAGCAUCUCGGCGAGAACUAUAGGCAACGUCGCACUGUUGGAAAGUUACAGAGCGUCGCCGUGGCAGAACGUACACUGCAAGCACAAAAACAUGGGAUGAGCUUGGAGGAGUUCGAGAAGAAGAAAGUCCAGAAUCCCGAAGGAGAGAAGGAAAGCAAGUCUGAAGACACAGGUGGUUGGCGCGGGCGCUUCAACAGAGAGUCCCGGCGAAAUCAAAAAGACAGCAAUGAGCGCUCGUCCAGCAAGGCUAGCAAAAUCGUAAACUCUAAAGAUGCCUCAAGAACGCAUUCGGAACCAAUUGCGCUACAGAGUAAUGGUUUACUGGUGGCUGAAGACAACAACCUUGGGGAAACUAUUAGCAGCAAACCAAUGAAUGGAACGACACAGUGUGCAGAUUUCGCGACCAUUGAUAAGGGAUUGGGAAAGGAGAAUGAGCGUGUUGCGGUCGCAUGA